UAGUAGCGAUUAUCGAUAGUAUAGGUAUAGAUAGUAUCGAUUUGAUUGUAACAAAAAUUCUUUGUUUGAAUGCAUUGAAUGCAAGCAAACAUUGAUAUGAAUUGUUAUUUUGAUUUUUAUUGACACAAAAUAUGGCGAUUCAGUGGUGAAAACAGUAAUACUGUUAAUACAACCAAACAAUACGUAUUGCAAUUGUAUGCUAAAGACUGACUUAAAACACACACACCGGGAGUUAAUGUCAACCCGUGUGUGUCCUCUACCAGUGCUGGCCAAUCGACCGACAAGUUGUUAGUAUCAAAUAGUUGCCGACAUCUCGCGCGCGCUCACCGGUCGACACCCCAGACAACCACAACAUAAUAGAGAGUACGUAUAGUAGUGGCGUCUAUACGCCUGAAAGUGUGAUAAUAUUUAUGUGUAUAUAUAUGUGUGUGUGUGUCGGCCAUCACUGUCGACUACCUGUGCUAUACUAUGAUACUACUGGUGCUAACACUAGUGCCACACAAUGACAAACCCUAAUCAUGAAAAUCAUUAGUUGUGACCGCAACUAAUUUUCUCCCGACUCGGGUCAGUGCAUUAGGUCUCUGUCUAUUAGUGCCAAUCAGUGACCAUCACUUCACCAAAAGAUUUUGUUUUCCAAUCAUUGUUUGUAAUUAUAAUUGACUGUCAAAGUGAUUGUCACCGCAAAGACAAUCGUUUGUUUGUGUUAUUGUUUUAUUACUACCACUACAUUGACAGUCAGUUUGAGUUUUCAUUUAUAAUUAUUAUUUUUUUACUAACUAUUAAUCAUUUAAUUUACUCUAUUGUUGGAAACUAUUAAGUGUUUCAUUAAUUGUUAUUUAAUAUUAAUUGAGUCCAACACCGAUAGCUUUACCGAAAAUUAUCAAAAUUUGCCGCAUAUAGUGUUUUCACACAACUAGUGCUCUACUGAAGACAAAAAUUUAUGACUAAUUAAUAUUUGAUAUAAACAACUGAUUUAAUGAUUAUUAUUAUUAUUAUGAAUGUAUUGAUUAUACAUUGAAGAAGAAAAGUCAGUGAUAAUGUCGGAAACAGUAGAACAACCGCAAAACCAAACGACAGAUGUCCAGUCGGACACCGGCGCCGAACAAAUGGUCGGCUUAGUGCCCGUUCAGAGUGGCGAUGAAAAUGUCGGCAUACAAUUGAUUGGCGCCGACGGUGAGGGCGAUGAGACACUGUUUGGUACGCAAGCCAUUGAACUGAAUGGCGAGCGACAUGUGAUUGUAUCGCAAGCUCAAGAUCCGGAAACCGGAGAACUUCUUCUAGUAUUAAGAGGAGAGAGCGGCGAACAUAUUGCCAUUCAGGCCGAGACACUCACUAAUAUGGUUCAGGCGUCCGGCGGACAAAACAUUCAAGUGGCUGUUGUCUCACAAUCUGACGACACGGCGGCACUUGCAUUGGUGUCCGAAGCUUCCGAUAUAAACGCAAUCACCACUUCUGACACCAUUUCCGAAGUGAGUCAAACGUUGACCGCUUUGCCAGCUGUUAUAGCAAGCAUUCCGAUGAGUCCAACAGCGAGUCAAUCGUUAACCACUGCUGAGACUAAUGUGGUUCAGGCCAUUGAUACUCCUCGAGUAUCUCAAGAGGAACAACAGACAACUUCUAUAACAAAUACCACAACAACUCUACCAAAACUGGAUGAAGAGUUAUUAUCUACAGAUUCUAUAGAUAAACCAAAAGUUGAUAAUUUAUCGACUGAUAUACCAAAAGAAGUAAUAGAAGAGAAAAUUGAAGAAAAGAUAGAAGAAAAAGAACAACAAAAACAACAACAAGAGCUAACAGAAACAAUUAAAUCAACAGAAGAAAAAUUAGUUGAAGAAAAAAGUGAAGAAAUUCCAUCAACAGCUGCAACUGAUGUCACCACUGAGUUAUCAGAAGUAGUUAAGAAUGAUAAGCCUUUAGACGAUAAAGUAGCCGAAGAACAAACAAAAACAGAAGAACCUUUGUCAUCACAAUCACAACCAAUCGAUGAUAGUGUUAAUGAAACUGCGGUUACCGAAGAACAGCCUAAAGUCGCCGCAGAAAUAGUUGAAACUAAGGAAGAGGUUGAAGCAAAAGUAGAAGCAGAACAAGAAUCUAAAGUAAUAGAAGAGUCUAAAGAAGUAGUGGACAAAUCAGAUGUACAGCCAAUUGUUGAUGAAUUACCAGUAACUGCAUUGUCUACAGAAUCUGAAGUUGUAAAUACACCUGAAAUCACAUCAAUUGUUGAGCCACAAGUUGAGACACCUAAGCCUCCAGAACCAGAAGUACCUGUUGUUGUUGUACCUGUCGAGGAGUCCAAAGAAGAGUCAAAUAUUGUUGAAAUUAGUGAGAAAGAAAAGUUGGAAACAACCGAAACACCAAUCGCUGAGGUGGUGUCUGUUGUUGAUGAGAAACCACAAGAAACGAUAAAUACUGAAAUAGUAACCGAAAAAUUAACCGAAUCGGUAACAUCUGUUCCCGAAACGAAUGUAACGGUUACCUCAGAUAUAGAUACGAUAACUGCAAUACAGACUACUACUACAACAACUCCGAUUGAAUUGAGUUCUGAGCUAAACUUUGGCAAUACAGCCGUAAUUCAAGUACAAGAUUCGGGAAAUGGUACGUCACUCGACCAGAUUAUGGCCAACGCUGUACUCACUGCUGACGGCAAUUAUGUCCUAAUGGCCCAAACCGAUGAUGGACAAGUUGCUGGUUUACCAUCUGAGCUAAAUCUUUCGGAUAUGAUCAGUGCAGGCGGUGCUGGACAAACAUUUUUAAUUGAAACACCCGAAGGAUUGGUUGCGUGUACGGCUGCGUCGGGUGAAGACGGAGGCAUUCAAUUAAUUCAGACCGAAAUGCCCAAUAUUGAGACUGCGACCAAUUCGACUGAAAAUCAACUCAUUCAGGGUCUAAGUGGUGGCCAAUCGAUGUCAUAUACAUAUAACUCGACAUCUGGUGUUCUCGAGAUUACACCCGUUACUACUACUACGACUUCGGCGCCAACUCCGACACCGAAACCAACAAAAAGUCGAUCAACCGGAAGUCGAACAACAAAGCCGAAAACAAUACCUCCCGUCUCAUCUGGUCAGACAUUGCUUGUAUCGACAGAUACCGUACUGACCACAUCGGUAACUGAUAGUCCGACUGUGACCGCUAAGCCAACGACUUCGGCUUCAUCUCGAAGUCGUGGAGGACAACGAGGAUCUGGUGCUCAAAGAGGUGGUCGAGGAAGCGCUGCCAAUACAGCUGUAAAUUCACUUACAACACCAACUUCUGCAAAUCAAAUUAAAUCCACUGCAAAGUCAAAUGAACUAAAGUCAAACGCAUCAGUAAACAGUUUGUCAACCAUUACCGGUGCUCCCGGUCCCAGUCAAUUGGCCGCAUCGCGGCGAACAUAUAGCAAAAAAUCUAAUAUAGUUUGGAUUACACCCGACGCGUCUCACGGACCGGCAAACACACCAUUUGCCUCAGUGGCAACCGCUUCACUUCAAACAGUAGCAAAAUCAUCGCCAAUGAUGACAUCAUUGAAGACACCGCCGACAAAAUCUACAGCCCAACUAUCAUCUCAACAAUCACGGCUCAGUUCGCCGUCAAAGAUAACUGUUUCAUCGUUGACGACAACUAGUUCGCCCAAAUCGAAUGUAAAUCAGAUAUCAUCCCAACAAACCCGAGCCGGUUCACCAUCAAAGAUAACUGUUUCAUCUUUAACUACAACUGGUUCGUCCAAAUCGAUUGUUUCGACAACCGAUUCGAUCACUAAAACAGUAACGAAGACACCGUCAAGUGUCACCAAAUCUAUUACAUCUGAUCCUAAAGUUCAAACUACCACUACAGCUGUAACAUUGGCGUCGACUACCGGUUCUCCUAAAGUGGCGACAUCUAAAACAACAGCACAGCAAUCGAUCACAUCUAAAGUCCAAACAUCGAACUUAACAAUCAAAAACAGUCCCCUGAAGACUAAUACUGAUACCAAAGUAACCGAUAAGACUAUUAAAGACAAGACAGAAAAAUCAGAUGAAGUUACAAUCAAAAGUAGUUCCAUGAAAAAUGAAACAACAAAAACUACAAUAAGAAUGAGUGAUAUUCUUACGAAUAAGCCUAUGAUGGCAACACCGCCACCUAAAGUUGUGGCCACCAAAACUGUUGUUACAGUUCCCGCGUCUUUGAGGGCAAAGACUACUGUUUCGAAAUCACCGACAAAAACAAUAACAUCUACUCCAGUGUCAAACGACACGAAGGCUAAAGAAAAACUAACCGAACCUGUAGUGGAAAGUGUGGUUCCGAAGAGAACAUCAUCGCCAACAAAGACAGUUACGUCUACACCAGUUGUUUCCAACGACACUAAACCUAAAGAAAAAGCAACGGAACCAGUGGUGGAAAGUGUUAGCACAAGAAGGACAUCAUCGCCGACAAAGACAGUAACAUCUACACCAGUGUUGAACGACACUAAACCUAAAGAAAAAGAAACAGAACAACCAGUAGUGGAAAGUGUGAGCACAAGAAGGACAUCACGUGGAAGAGCUCCGAAAGAAAUCAAUAAUGUUGUUGAGACUAAAACAGACAAAACGGAAAUUCAAGAAACAGUUGCACUUUCAUCUGACACCACUUCACACACACCAACACCAAUAACAACACCAAAACCAGUACAAACACCAUCUGGAAGAGUAACUCGCGGAAGAAGUGCUAAAACACCCGAACAAAAACCAAUAGAAGUUGAAAAAACUAAUACCGAAACUAAAACACCCGAUAAAACAACUAAAGAAAAGACAACAGAAAAGAUUGAAAAAACUGAUGAAUUGAUUAAUAAAAACAGUAGUAGUAGUGGUAGUACUCCAGCGAAGACUGAGACAACAAAAACUACAAUAAAAAUUAGUGACAUUAUUACUAAUAAGACAUCACUGCAGACAUCUUCACCGAAAAUUGUUGCCACCAAAACUGUAGUAACCGUUCCCGCAACUGUUCCAAAAUCACCGACAAAAACAGUUACUUCUACUACUCCAGCGUUAAACGAAACGACGACGAAGACUAAAGAAAAAACUGUAGAACCAGUAGUGGAAAGUGUGGGCACAAGAAGGACAUUACGUGGAAGAGCUUCAAAAGAGACCAGUAAUGUUGUUGAGACUAAAACAGACAAAACAGAAAUCCAAGGAACUGUUGCAAUUCCAUCUGAUACAACUUCACAAACAGCACCAACAACUACAGCAACAACAACACCAGUCCAAACACCAUCUGGGAGAGUAACUCGCGGAAGAAGUGCUAAAACACCCGAACAAAAGCCAAAGGAAGUCGAAAAAACUAAUACCGAAACCAAAACACCCGAUAAGACAAAUAAUACUAAUAAUAAUAAAGAAAAGAUUGAAAAAACUGAUGAAUUGGUGAAAAUCACUAUUAAUUCUAAAGCUUCGGAUGAAUUCGAUAGAAUUAUGGCACAGACUAAACCAGUUGAGGAAAAGGAAAAGACAGAGAUUAUCAAACCAGUUGUUGAGCCAAUAGUUACUGAAACACCAACAGCUUCUACUCGUAAGAAGAGAGUUCAGUUUGAUUUUAAAGAAAAAACUGACGAUAAGCCUAACGAAGAGCAGACACCGACCACUGCAUCUACACGAAGAUCAUUGAGAUCGAGUACUUCUUCUACAACUACUCCUGUUAUUAAAAAAGAUGAAACAAACAAAACUGACAUUAGUUUGAGCAAUGAUAAGGCACCGCAACGGUCAUCGGGUAGAAAACGAAAAGAAGUAGUGGUCACUGAUACCGCCGAACCAGAAGUGAAAUUACCGAAAAUUUUGAAGAAAGCAAUUAAAAAUGCCGACGAAUCAGUUGCAAUCACCAAUAAUAAUUCGUUCGAUGAUUUUUCGUUUGUUCCACUAGGAAGUGGACGAGGAAGAGGCGGUGGUGGUGGCGGUAGAGGUAGAAAACGGGCGUUAUAUACACCCACUCGUCAUAGUCUUGAUAUGAGCGAUAGAAGCUAUAGAAAGGAAUCGUUAAUACAAUCAUUUGUUGAUGAAAAAGAAUGGCAAGAAAAAGAAGACAAUAUGCGCCGCAAAACAAUAUCUUCAUUAUCGGAUCUUCGCUCACCGAACGAAUGUUUCGAUUAUGACACCAAUGAAUGUACUUUUUAUAUUCGACACCAAUCGGUGUCAAUGAAUCCCAAACAAAGUGCCGGAAGUUAUUUAUGCCAGAAAUGUGGUUUUCAUACGACCAGAAUCAACAAUUUGGUGAUUCAUCACAGAGAUCAGUGCUCUUAUAUAAAAAAUGCAGUCAUUGAACAGUGGCAGUCAGAGCUAUUAAAUAAAAGGGUCAAACCCACCACUACUACUACAGACACUACUGGUAGACUGUCCGCUGAAUUGUCACCCACUCAGAGCAAACGCAAAAGAAUUGACGACGACCUAACCAAUUCACUUGAUGAAGAAUCUGCUACAGAAGAUACUAAUAAUACUAAUACAACUACUACUACCACCACAAAAGAUGUACCCAAUCAACAACGUAUUAAUAUGGAUGCGAUGUUUUCGUCGGACGACGAGGACCUGCUCGCGAUCGACAAUAUCGAUAACAUUAAGAAAGAGUUUGGAUUUUCCGAGAACGACAUCGUUUGGGUUGAGACUGAGGGCACACAUUGGCCGGCAUUGGUCUCGAAGAUGUUUCCUAAAGAGAAAAAGACUUUAAUCAAACUCAUCGAUAGUCCUAUUAAUAAAAAGAGUUUAAAAAUAAGCGUUACUUCGAUCUCAUUAUUUGAUAACUCGGAUCUAAAUAAAAAAUAUUUACGCGACGGUCGCAAAGCUAGUUAUGGCGAACAACUGGUCAAAGCUGUCCAAAAAUCUGAAGAGUUUUUGCGCAAAAAAUGUUUGGGCAGUGAAGUGACUGCCGGCAUGUUUUUUGAUCAAUUAGACAGUGAUUUAAGUGAAACCAAUGUCGAUGACGACAACGAUAGACUACCCAAUAAAAAAUCCACUGAUCCAUUGGGUCACCAGAAGACAAAUGAUGACAAAACUAACGAAGACAAAUCUGAGACGGGUUUACCAUCGAUUGGUAGUAAUGGCAAUGAUUUAGAUACUUCAGAUAAUAUCGAUGAUAAUAGCGAAUCGUGUGUUCUCUGGAAGGAAAAGCGCAGACAAGAGAAUGCAAAACUUCUUCAGUGUAUUAAAGACCAAAAAGUUGAAACACAUUUGGUUGGAGUCUAUAGAGAAUCGAUUCCUAGUGAACGACAUACCAAAUUCAAGAGCGGUUCCGAAUCGGAGAAGAAUCAAUUAAAACAUGUUCCCUGGUUUGGACCAAUUGAUGACGAGGAACAACAGGAAGAGAUUUAUGACUAUUGUUCACAGCUUUUUAAAGCUAAUUUUAAAACUGAUCCCAUUUUCGAUACGGUUGCCUAUAUUUUUGAAGUCUGGGUGCCAGAGGCAAUAGUUAAAGCCAUAAGUCGUGUCCGGCGUAUUGAACUCAAAGAAUCCGAGUCAGUGUUUGCAAAGGGAGUCAUAUUAAGUAAAUCGGAAAAAGACGAGUUGACUAAAGAGAUACAAAAAGAAGCCGAAAAACAAAUGACUUCACAACCAAAUUCUGACUAAAUUUUUUAAAAAGAAAAAAGAUUUAUAUAUAUUAUAUAUAUUCGUAUUUUUUUGUUUUUGUUUCAUUAAUCAGUGGCUUUAUUUUGAUUGACACAUUAUAUUUCAAUUAUAGUUAUAAAAAAAACAAAUCAUUUUCAU